UGGGAGGCGAUCUGCGCACAGGACGCGACGCGCCAAAAAACCACAGAAGAAGAAGAACGUCAGCUUCCUGGGGGUCGUGACGUCAGCAGCGGAAGAGGAUUGAGAGCCGAUGUUUUCGCUGCUCAUAAUAAACCUUUAAAACAGACCAGACGACAGCUUUCAGAUGUCUGAGGACGUCUACGAGAAGUUCCUGGCUCCAGAAGAGCCGUUUCCGCUGCUGUCUCAGAGAGGGAAUGCCAGUGAAGAUGCCACGCUGGACGUCAGUGACUUCGGCUGUCAGCUGUCCUCGUGUCACAGAACAGACCCUCUUCACCGCUUCCACAGCAGCAGGUGGCACCUGACCUCCUGCGGCACCAGCGUGGCCAGCUCAGACUGCAGCGAGGAGCUCUUCUCCUCCGUGUCUGUGGGCGAUCAGGACGACUGCUACUCGCUGCUGGACGAGCAGGAGCUGGCCUCCUUCGAGCUGUUCCCCGAGGGCAGCGUGUGCAGCGACGUGUCCUCCUCCAUCAGCACCUACUGGGACUGGUCAGACAGCGAGUUUGAGUGGCAGUUACCCGGCAGUGAUCUCGCCAGCGGCAGCGAUGUGCUCUCCGACAUCAUUCCCAGCGUGCCCAGCUCGCCUUGCCUCGCGUCCAAACGAAAAAACAAACCACACCGAAACCUGGACGAGCUGCCCUGGAGCGCCAUGACCAACGACGAGCAGGUGGAAUAUAUUGAGUAUUUGAGUCGAAAAGUGAGCACAGAGAUGGGACUUCGGGAGCAGCUUGACAUCAUAAAAAUAAUCGACCCGAGCGCACAGAUUCUGCCGACGGACAGCGAGUUCAUCAUCGAGCUGAACUGCCUCACAGACGAGAAGCUCAAGCAGGUGCGGAGCUACAUCCGUGAGCACAGUCCGCGGCAGCAGCGCAGCGUGAAGAGGAGCCUGGCGAGCAGCGUGAGCGCUCACAGCAGCAGUAACGCCAGCAUCACCAGCAGCGCUAGCAGCAGCAGCGCCUCCACCGCCUCCAGCAUCAGCCGUGCUCACAGCGACGGCAACCUGGCCUCCGCCGCAGAGAGGAUACGAGACUCCAAGAAACGCUCCAAGCAGAGGAAGCUGCAGCAGAAGGCCUUACGCAAGCGUCAGCUGAAGGAGCAGAGACAGGCUCGUAAGGAGAGACUGAGCGGUCUGUUCCUGAACGAGGAGGUGCUGUCUCUCAGAGUCACGGAGGAGGAGGAGGAGGACCACUGCGACGACCUGGACGUGCUGAUGUGACCCCAGUGACCCUUCAGUGUUCCUUCUACGCCGCCUCCUCCUCAUCAUCAUCAUCAUCAUCAUCAUCACACACACAGCAGCGGUGCAGUCUCAGAGCACUCUGUCAGUGAGCCAAGCAUUAACACACAUGUAGACUAACACACAGCACAAACACUAAUAUGUGUCUGCUGCUGCUCCUCGAGGUGUUCGGACAUCAUACACACGGGAACUAAUGCCAGCGACGCUUCACAACAGCCAGUCGAACCAAAAACUAUUCACACACCUUCAGCAGUUCUCUCAUUAUAUCACAGAUUAUUUGCUGUAGUUUAGAAAAAGGUAAUGAAAUAUGAGAAGAACUCAUAGUGUGUCAGAACACAUGCAUCUUGAUGAUGUCAGAUAACUUUGAUAGAAAGAUAUGUAACAGAACAUGGUCAGGUCAAAGUGUCAAAUCUAAUUUUUGCUCCACAAUUUUUUAUCAGAUUUCACUGUAUGAAGAAUGUUUGGAUAUAAUAUGUCAUGGUUUACUUUUUGCUCUCCUCACUUACAUAAAUGAACUAUAGUGUCCUGCACCUGUAGUAAAAAAUAUCAAAAAUUAUUUUUUUGGUUUGUGUGUUAUUAAACGCUCUUUACUAGAAGACAGAAAUGAUUACGUACAUGACCCUAAUUGUAUGUGAUAGCAAGUUUAAAACACACUUGGUACUAACGGUUCUGUAGAAAGACAAAAAAAGGUUCUGCUCUUACCCAGAAGACCCCUUUCUAUAACAGCGCAGUUAGAUGUGUGCAUGAAAGCAGAACAUCUCAAACAACGUGAGCUCUGACACAUUCUUCAGCAGCAGUGACAGGACACAGACGAGAGUCUGCACUUCAUCAUGCUGUUCACUGAUCAUUUGUUGAUAAUAUGUAGAUGAAUUAUUGUGUAGUCAUUGUUUGUGGAAGUCUAUGUUGAACUCAGGCAUAGAGGGAACACUGACAGCUGAAGUCCUCCGCUGUGUCUCUACUUCGAUUUGAAAUGUUUGCAAACUUUGACAUUAAAAUUGCAUCUGAAAAUCUAAUAGUACACAAUACCUUUAAACAUGUUCGAUGACCAGAAAAUAUCACUUGUGCUCUCUACGCAAAUCAGAGAAAGUAAUAUUUCAUAACUUUUAUUGUGAUUUUAUUUAUAUAAUCUGUGUUGUAGAGUGGAAGUGAGGGGACUAUGUUUAAGUGUAAUAAUUACACAUUCGUUAUCUUACAUGUUUAGGUCAGAAUGUGUUUGCUUACAACACUUCUGUUUUUGUUAACCUUGCAUACAUGUUAUUUAAGCUCUCUUUAUAAAUGCAAGCUUUGAUUUAUUGCAGAUGUACUAUUCGAAUAAUGAUUUUCCCGAAAAUGUUUAGUUGCAAAAUGUCUAAAUAACAUAUUUCUAUUGGUUACACCAUUUGUAAGAUUACUACAUAGAUAUUUUGAGUCAGACAUAAAUGUAAGUUAGUAUGACUAAACUGCUUUACUGAAAUGUCUGAAUAUUCUUAAUUUUAACUGAAUAAAAUCAAAGUAUGACGUGGA